AUGUCAGUCCUCUCCAUGGUCUCCACGAUUUGGAGAUUGGUAGCGCGAUCCCGGGCCAGUCUUUUCAUGGGCUGCAGCGACUGGCUGAUGUUGGCAGGCAGCGCCAUGAACUUCGUCUGCAACAUCCCAUUCGGCAUUCUCUGUGUGCGCGCUGGUGCUGGCCGGCUCGUAUCUGAUCCCUUUUGGGCGUCGCAUCGCGUUUAUACUACUAUCCACUUCGAGUUCAUCUCAAUUAACUUGCAGAUGAACGCCAUGUUCCUCGUAAAGCUUUCUGUUUGCACCUACCUCUUGGCACUCAACUUCUCGCGAAGGUUUAGGGUCAUAAUGUGGCUCGUCACAUUAAUCGUAGUCAUGUUCAAUCUGAUCAUGCCGCUCUUGUUCAAUUUCUGGUCUUGCCAACCGUACUACUUCCGCUGGCAUCCAGAAAUUGUGCCUGAGUGCUGGCCUGAAAUGGUCGGCAUGGUCGCUAUAUAUGCGCAGAUCGUCUCUAAUAUUUGCACCGACUUGGUUUACGCAUCUGCACCCCUCGUAUACUUGAGACAAGUGAAACUCACGAAGCAGAUGCGCUGCAAAGUGAGGAUCAUGUUCCUUCUCGCACUCAUGCAAGUCAUCCGAUUGCGCACUUCGUCGUCUGUCGUCAAGAUGUACGUAAUGCACCAAUGGCUUCAUUCCAGCGAGCCAUUCUAUGACAUUGCCGACUUAUCUAUAUGGGGAAUCAAUGAAGUCUCCAUCUGUAUCGUUGUCGCGAAUCUUCCCAUGCAGAGCAGGUCAAUAUCCAGAGCUAUAGCAUUCAUUGUUCCCAAUUGCCUACACCCACGGCUCGGUCUCGAAAGCGACGAGGGUUAUGUUGAGGACGACUCGUUCACGAGCACUAUUGACAACCUGAGGCAAACAAGAAGCAUCACACCUGGCGCAGAUGAUGGAAGCGAAAUGGCCAUCAUCGAACUGGAGAACGGAAGGAUUGUCAUGGCACCGAGGACACCAACACCGGCUGUUGUCAGAGAUAAUGGAAGCCAGGGUAUGCUGGCAACAUUCUGGAGAAACGACUCCAAAGAGUCCAUGACUUGA